UGUAUGUUCUGAGGCGGCUCGCUCACUCACUCGCUCUCAUCCUCCCUUUGUACAGAGAGAUGAGCACAGGACGGUGUGACACUAGCUGCUAUUGCUCGGCUCACACGCCCUCUAGAUCAUAGAUAACCAUCAGUGAGAAGUAACCGGUUAAUGUCCCUCCUGCCUUUGCGGAUGUUUUAGUCUAAAUGGAUAAACGGAACGAAGAGGAACAUGUGCUCACGGGUAUGGAUGAAGAAGCAAUAGUUGACCACGGAAAGACCAGCUUCUCUACUCUCUCAAACUAUGAAAGGGAAGAUUUGGAAAGCCACAGAGCAGUGUAUGUAGGUGUCCAUGUUCCUCUUGGAAGGGGGAGCAAAAGGAGGCACCGUCACCGAGGACACAGACACCACAGAAAGAAGAAAGAGAAAGACUCUGAAGACGGGAAGGAAGAUGGCAGGGAAUCCCCCAUUUAUGACACACCAUCCCAGAGAGUACAGUUCAUCUUGGGAACAGAGGAUGAAGAUCUUGAGCACAUGCCUCACGAUCUCUUCACGGAGCUGGACGAGCUUUCCUUCAGAGAUGGCAGGUCCACGGAGUGGAAAGAAACGGCCAGAUGGUUGAAAUUUGAAGAGGAUGUGGAAGACGGCGGAGAGAGAUGGAGUAAACCCUAUGUAGCCACGUUGUCUUUACACAGCCUAUUUGAACUGCGCAGGUGUAUACUGAACGGCACAGUCAUGCUGGAUAUGAGAGCCAACAGUAUUGAAGAGAUUGCAGAUAUGGUGAUAGACAGUAUGGUGGCUUCGGGCCAGCUGAAGGAAGAUUUGCGCUACAAGGUGCGGGAGGCGAUGUUGAAGAAACACCACCAUCAGAAUGAGAGAAAGCUAAGCAAUCGCAUCCCUCUGGUGCGCUCUAUUGCUGACAUAGGCAAGAAACAUUCUGACCCACUCUUGCUUGAAAGAAACGGAGAGGGCGUGUCCUCCUCACGUGUCUCUCUCCAAAAGCCAGGGGCAACUUCUUCUGUCUCCAACCUCUCCUCCCAGAGACGAGAGUCAAGAGUCUCCAUCCUGCUCAACCACCUCCUGCCUUCUUCCUCCUCCUCCUCCAACACUGCGGUGUCCCCCGGCCCCUCUCCUCUCAGCACCCCUCAAACUACCCCUUCGUCGUUUCGCCGUUCCGCUCCGGCUCCGUCUCAAACCCAGGGCGCAGGUCACGGCAUCCCGGAGGUGGUGGUGUCUCCUCCCGAGGACGAUGACCAGCCAAACUCUGCAGAAGAGGACAAAGUAUCGCCGCAACUCAGCCGGCCAGCAACCUCGGCAUUCCAGAACAUUGAGCUUCUGCCCUUAGAAGGACCGCUGGUGUCUCAGAGCUCUCUCCCAAACAAUCUGGAUGGCAACAAGGCGAUGGAGAGGAGGCCGUCCAAAGCAGGGGUCAGUAGAGAAAGCAGCAGUGUGGACUUCAGCAAGGUGGACAUGAAUUUCAUGAAAAAGAUUCCUCCGGGUGCCGAGGCUUCUAAUGUGCUGGUGGGAGAAGUGGACUUUCUGGAGAAGCCAAUAAUUGCCUUUGUGCGAUUGUUACCAGCUGUCCUCAUCACAGGUCUCACUGAGGUGCCCGUGCCUACGAGGUUUCUUUUCCUCCUUCUGGGUCCUCAUGGUAAAGGACCACAGUACCAUGAAAUUGGAAGAUCCAUGGCCACUCUAAUGACAGAUGAGAUUUUCCAUGAUGUGGCAUACAAGGCCAAAGACCGAACUGAUCUACUGUCUGGGAUAGAUGAGUUUCUGGACCAGGUGACUGUCCUGCCCCCUGGAGAAUGGGACCCCACCAUUCGGAUUGAGCCCCCCAAAAAUGUCCCAUCUCAGCUGAAGCGAAAGAGACCAUCCCAACCCAACGGCACUGCGUCUCCAGCCGGACACCUGGAGAAAGAGGACGACCACCAUGCAGGUCCUGAGCUGCAGAGGACGGGGAGGAUAUUUGGAGGUUUGAUCAUGGAUAUCAAGCGGAAAGCCCCGUUCUACUGGAGCGACAUAAGGGAAUCCCUGAGUCUGCAGUGUCUAGCGUCCAUCCUCUUCCUCUACUGCGCCUGCAUGUCCCCGGUCAUCACGUUCGGAGGGCUGCUGGGAGAGGCAACAAAAGGCAACAUAAGUGCAAUCGAGUCUCUGUUUGGGGCGUCACUGACGGGAGUGGCGUACUCCCUCUUUGCAGGCCAACCCCUCACUAUUCUUGGCAGCACGGGGCCUGUUUUAGUGUUUGAAAAGAUCCUUUUUAAGUUCUGCAAUGACUACAGCUUGUCCUACCUGUCACUGCGGACCAGCAUUGGUUUGUGGACGGCCUUCUUGUGUCUCCUCCUGGUGGCCACCGACGCCAGCUCCCUGGUCUGCUACAUCACCCGCUUCACAGAGGAAGCCUUCGCCGCGCUCAUCUGCAUCAUCUUCAUCUACGAGGCCCUGGAGAAACUGUUUCACCUCGGAGACCUCUAUCCUGUCAAUAUGCACAACAACCUGGACAAUCUUACACUUUACUCGUGUCAAUGUGCUCCACCAACCAACGCAUCCGAUGAGCACUUCCAGCACUGGAACCGGACGGGAUUCAACAGCUCCGAGUCCAUCCCCUGGAGCAGCCUCAAUGUCUCGAUGUGUAAAUUGCUCAAAGGGGAAUUUGAGGGUCCUGCUUGUGGUCACCUUGGUCCCUACAUCCCAGAUGUUCUCUUCUGGUCCAUUAUCCUCUUCUUUACCACCUUCUUUUUAUCCUCAUUCUUGAAGCAGUUCAAGACGGACAGAUACUUCCCCACCAAGGUGCGUUCCACUAUCAGUGAUUUUGCUGUGUUUAUAACCAUAAUGGUCAUGGUGUUGGUGGACUAUCUGAUGGGGAUUCCUUCCCCUAAGCUGAAUGUCCCUGACCGGUUUGAGCCUACGUCUAAGCACCGAGGCUGGCUGAUGGACCCGCUGGGAGGAAACCCCUGGUGGACACUGUUGGUGGCAGCACUUCCUGCUCUGCUCUGUACCAUCCUCAUCUUCAUGGACCAGCAGAUCACUGCAGUCAUCAUCAACCGCAAAGAACACAAACUCAAGAAAGGCUGUGGCUACCACCUGGACCUGACGAUAGUGGCCGUGAUGCUGGGCGUGUGCUCCAUCAUGGGCCUGCCGUGGUUCGUGGCUGCAACAGUCCUGUCCAUCUCCCACGUGAACAGCCUGAAGGUGGAGUCCGGCUGCUCCGCACCGGGAGAGCAGCCCAAGUUCCUGGGCAUCCGGGAGCAGCGCGUCACCGGAUUCAUGAUCUUUGUCCUCAUGGGAUGUUCUGUUUUCAUGACGUCGGUGCUAAAGUUUAUUCCUAUGCCUGUUCUGUAUGGAGUCUUUCUCUACAUGGGCGUCUCUUCCCUCAAAGGCAUUCAAUUCUUUGACAGAAUCAAACUGUUCGGCAUGCCUGCGAAGCACCAGCCUGACCUGAUCUACCUGCGGUACGUGCCGCUCUGGAAGGUCCACAUGUUCACGCUGGUGCAGCUCACGUGUCUGGUCCUGCUCUGGGUCAUCAAGGCCUCUGCAGCCGCCGUCGUGUUUCCCAUGAUGGUUCUGGCUCUUGUUUUUAUCAGAAAGCUUCUGGACUUUUUCUUCACAAAGAGAGAGCUGAGCUGGCUGGAUGACCUGAUACCGGAAAGCAAGAAAAAGAAAGAGGACGACAACAAGAAGAAAGCACGUAAAAAACUGGAGGAAGAGUCCAGACUGCAGGACGUGGGGAUUGGACUGAAGGUCAGCUUUGAAGACUCAAAUCUGCUCAACGUCCCGGUGAAAACGCUCUCAGGAAGCCAGGAGAAGGUGGCCUGCGUUAGAGUGGACGUGAGCCCCGACGCCCCCGGAGGGGGAUCCACGGCCGAGACCUUCCUGUGAUAGAAGAAGGCUGCCCUCCCCUCCCAUCCUCUCCUCUCCGGAAAACUCCCCCCACGUUUGCACUGAGGUGGCGCCAGCAGCAGCGAGGUAACGAGGACUUGAGCAUCACAACCUAAUUGUAGAGCUCCCUUUCCAUUUCUAGGAAGCAGACGAGUUCCCUGAGCGAUGCCAGCACAGCUCCGUUGGUGACGUUAGUCCUCCGUGUUUAGCACAUGUACAGAUGGUUUGCCAGGACGAACAGGGAAGGGAGGAGAAAUCCUGCUGUUACUGCCCACUGACACUGUUUAAAAAUCCUCCAACAGUUUCUUCUCACACAAUUAACUCCAAGAUGCCAAAGGAAGGGCCUCCCUGGUGGGGAUCUGGGACUAAACCGUUGCCUAUUUCACUUUCACUCCAAGUUCUAUCAUUUAACUGGUGACAGUGCUCC